GGAGCAGCGCGGCUCCACUCUCAGUCUGAGUCUGGACACUCUUCUCUCUGUGGAUAUUUGGGAUUAAGCGGAGCCUCGUGGAGUGAAAACCCCGGAGAAGGAGGCGUUUUUACCGGCGGAAUGGCGGACCGGGACUCGGUGGCUCUUCCCUCUGAGGUCCGGGCCCGGCUGGCCGAGCUGGAGCUGGAGUUAUCCGAAGGUGACAUCACACAGAAGGGCUAUGAGAAGAAACGCUCCAAGCUGAUUGGUGCUUAUCUGCCCCAGUCUCCAGUGUCCGGCUCCGAAGCGCCCAUGGGCCAGGAGAGGAAGACUCCGGUCACUCCAUCUUCAUCGUCCCGCUACAACCGCCGACGCUUAUCAGGCUCCAGGGAUGAGCGCUACAGAUCAGACGUGCACACAGAGGCAGUGCAGGCGGCGCUGGCCAAACACAAGGAGAGGAAAAUGGCCGUGCCGAUGCCCUCCAAACGCAGGUCUCUGGUGGUCCAGACUUCUAUGGACGCCUACACUCCCCCAGACACGUCGUCCGGCUCGGAGGGGGAGGCAGACGGAGAGGAGGAGUGCCCAGAGGAGGACCGUGUGGGCGGGGGAGGAGGAGGAGGAGGAGGGGGAGGAGAUGGGACGUCCAGCCUGGAGGACAGCCUGAGCACGGAGCACUGGGUGAGCCGCGGUCUGCACCCCGCCUCCUCCAGCACCACCACAGGCUCCAGCGCGUCCUCGUCCUCCUCGUCACGGGGCAGCUCCGGCAGCGGGGCGGCGGUGGGGCGGCUGGCGGACGUCCUGCAGCAGCACGCUCACCUGCAUCGACACAGACUGCACCGCACAGAAAACCACUCAGCUCCUCCAGACGUCACAGGGUACACCAACAACUCCUCCUCGUCCUCAGAUGGGACCCAGGUCGAUCGGGCGGCCUGUACUGGGAACGCCGCCCACAAACACGCGCCCAAGUACGGGAACGCCGAGCUCAUGGAGACAGGAGACGGGGUCCCGGUCAGCAGCAGAGUAUCGGCUAAAAUCCAGCAGCUGGUCAACACCCUAAAGAGACCCAAACGACCUCCACUCCGAGAGUUCUUCGUCGACGACUUUGAGGAGCUCCUAGAAGUCCAGCAGCCCGACCCGAACCAGCCCAGAGCAGAGGGGGCCCAGAUGUCUCCGUCCCAGGGCGAACAGCUGGGGGUGGUGACCAACUGGCCUCCCUCCCUGGAGGCGGCUCUGCAGAGGUGGGGUACCAUCUCCCCCAAAGCCCCCUGUCUGAGCACCAUGGACCCCAACGGAAAGCCACUCUACGUCCUCACAUAUGGUAAACUCUGGUCCCGGAGUAUCAAAGUGGCCUACAACCUGCUGCACAAACUGGGGUCUAAGCAGGAGCCCCUGGUGCGGCCGGGGGACAGGGUGGCGCUGGUGUACCCCAAUAAUGACCCUGCAGCCUUUAUAACUGCGUUUUACGGCUGUCUGCUGGCCGAAGUAGUGCCUGUGCCCAUCGAGGUCCCACUCUCCAGGAAGGAUGCAGGAAGUCAGCAGAUCGGCUUCCUGUUGGGCAGCUGUGGUGUGACGGUGGCUCUGACCAGUGAUGCUUGUCAUAAAGGACUACCCAAGAGUCCAACAGGAGAGAUACAGCAGUUCAAAGGGUGGCCUAAAGUGUUGUGGUUCGUCACCGAGUCCAAGCACCUGUCCAAACCUCCUCGAGACUGGUUCCCCCUGACCAAAGACGCUAACCAGGACACCGCCUACAUAGAGUAUAAGACGUGUAAAGACGGCAGCGUUCUCGGGGUAACAGUGACGAGGGUCGCUAUGCUAGCUCACAGUCAAGCCUUAACCCAGUGCUGCUCCUACACCGAAGCCGAGACCAUAGUGAAUGUACUGGACUUCAAGAAGGACGUGGGACUGUGGCACGCCGUCCUCACCAGUGUAAUGAACAUGAUGCAUGUGAUCAGCAUCCCCUACGCCCUCAUGAAGGUCAACCCCCUGUCCUGGAUCCAGAAGGUCUGCCAGUACAAAGCGCGCGUGGCCUGUGUGAAGUCUCGGGACAUGCACUGGGCUCUGGUGGCUCACAGGGACCAGAGGGACAUCAACCUGAGCUCUUUGAGGAUGCUGUUGGUCGCCGAUGGAUCCAACCCAUGGUCCAUCUCAUCGUGUGACGCCUUCCUCAACGUGUUCCAAACCAAAGGCCUGAGGUCAGAGGUCAUCUGCCCGUGUGCCAGCUCACCAGAGGCCCUCACCGUCGCCAUCCGAAGGCCGGUGGAAGAGGACAGUGUCCCCCCUGGCCGAGGCGUGUUGUCUAUGUCUGGUCUCAGUCAUGGGGUGAUCCGGGUGGACUCAGAGGAGAAGCUGUCUGUGCUCACACUGCAGGACGUUGGCUCCGUCAUGCCCGGAGGCCUCAUGUGUGCAGUGAAGCCUGAAGGCCUGCCUCUGCUCUGUAAGACGGAUGAGAUCGGAGAGCUGUGUGUGUGUACGCUGGCCACUGGGACGUCCUACUACGGCCUCUCAGGGAUGACCAAGAACACCUUUGAAGUGUUCCCGUUGUCCGGCGCGGGCUCUCCCCUCAGUGACGUGCCCUUCACCAGGACCGGUCUGCUGGGCUUCAUCGGGCCGGCCGGGCUCAUCUUCGUUGCGGGGAAGAUGGAUGGGCUCAUGGUGGUCGGGGGGCGGAGACACAAUGCUGAUGACAUCGUUGCCACGGCGCUAGCGGUGGAGCCGAUGAAAUUUGUUUACAGAGGGAGGAUUGCGGUGUUCUCCAUCACGGUGCUUCAUGACGAGCGGAUCGUGGUGGUGGCGGAGCAGAGGCCCGACUCCACCGAGGAGGACAGCUUCCAGUGGAUGAGCCGAGUGCUGCAGGCCAUUGACGGUAUCCACCAGGUGGGCGUGUACUGCCUCGCUCUGGUGCCUUCUAACACUCUGCCUAAAACUCCUCUGGGCGGGAUACACCUGUCUGAGACCAAGCAGCUCUUCCUGGAGGGGGCGCUACACCCUUGUAACGUGCUCAUGUGCCCCCACACCUGUGUCACCAACCUGCCCAAACCACGCCAGAAACAGCCAGAGAUCGGCCCUGCGUCUGUGAUGGUGGGGAACCUGGUGUCGGGGAAGAGGAUCGCUCAGGCCAGCGGCAGAGACUUGACCCAGAUGGAGGACAAUGACCAGGCAAGGAAGUUCCUGUUCCUGUCCGAAGUGCUGCAGUGGAGAGCCCAGACCACUCCUGACCACGUCCUCUACACGCUGCUCAACUCCAGGGGCACCAUCGCCAGCUCACUGACCUGUGUCCAGCUGCACAAGAGAGCAGAGAAGAUCGCCGCCAUCUUGUCCGAGCGCGCACACCUGCAGGACGGAGACCACGUGGCUUUAGUUUACCCACCAGGAGUGGACUUGGUGGUAGCGUUCUAUGGCUGUCUGUACGCUGGCUGUGUCCCCAUCACAGUGAGACCUCCUCAUCCACAAAACAUCACCACCACGCUGCCCACUGUCAAGAUGAUAGUCGAGGUGAGUCGGUCAGUUUGUGUAAUGACUACGCAGGUCAUCUCCAAACUGCUAAGGUCCAAAGAAGCUACAGCUACUGUCGACCUCCGCACGUGGCCUCCCGUCAUCGACACUGAUGAUUUGCCAAAGAAGAAGCCCCCACUGCUGCACAAACCGCUGAACCCAGACACUUUGGCCUAUCUGGACUUCAGCGUGUCCACUACAGGGAUGCUAGCUGGAGUCAAGAUGUCCCAUAGUGCCACCAGUGCCUUCUGCCGCUCCAUAAAGCUGCAGUGUGAGCUGUACCCGUCCAGAGAAGUGGCCAUCUGCCUGGACCCCUACUGCGGCCUGGGCUUCGUGCUCUGGUGCCUCUGCAGUGUGUACAGUGGUCACCAGUCCAUCCUGAUCCCCCCCUCAGAGCUGGAGUUGAACCCCUCCCUGUGGCUGUCUGCGGUCAGUCAGUACAAAGUCAGAGACACCUUCUGCUCCUACAGCGUCAUGGAGCUGUGCACCAAGGGCCUGGGCCUGCAGACCGACGCUCUCAAGUCGCGGGGGGUGGACCUGUCCCGUGUCCGGACCUGUGUGGUGGUGGCAGAGGAGCGUCCCAGGAUCUCUCUCACUCAGUCCUUCUCCAAACUCUUCAAAGACCUGGGCCUGCAUCCGCGAGCCGUCAGCACCUCGUUCGGCUGCAGAGUCAACCUGGCCAUCUGUCUGCAGCCUCACAGGUUGGGGAAGCUGGCAGAUCAGGGCACUUCAGGACCUGACCCCACCACAGUGUUUGUGGACAUGAGAGCGCUACGACAUGACAGGGUCCGAUUGGUGGAACGAGGGUCUCCGCAUAGUUUACCGCUCAUGGAAUCGGGGAAGAUUCUUCCUGGAGUUCGCAUCAUCAUUGCAAACCCUGAGACAAAGGGACCAAUGGGAGAAUCACAUCUGGGAGAGAUCUGGGUGCACAGCGGGCACAAUGCCAGUGGGUACUUCACAGUGUAUGGGGACGAGGCGCUGCAGUCGGACCACUUCUGCUCCAGGCUCAGCUUCGGAGACACUCAGACGGUCUGGGCCAGGACCGGGUACCUGGGCUUCCUUAGGAGGACUGAGCUAACUGACGCUAAUGGAGAGCGACACGAUGCCUUGUAUGUGGUGGGCGCUCUGGAAGAGGCCAUGGAGCUGAGGGGGAUGAGGUACCACCCCAUCGACAUCGAGACCUCCGUCAUUAGGACCCACAAGAGCAUCACAGAGUGUGCGGUGUUCACAUGGACCAACCUGCUGGUGGUGGUGGUAGAGCUGGACGGCUCGGAGCACGAGGCCCUGGACCUGGUUCCCAUGGUAACCAACGUGGUUCUGGAGGAGCACUACCUGAUCGUGGGCGUGGUGGUGGUGGUAGACAUCGGAGUGAUCCCCAUCAACUCCAGAGGAGAGAAGCAGAGGAUGCACCUGAGGGACGGCUUCCUGGCUGACCAGCUGGACCCCAUCUAUGUGGCCUACAAUAUGUAGCUCACAGCCUGUAUGCUACAGUAACAGACUGUGGUAACAAACUACAGUAACAGACUGUGGUAACAAGCUACAGUAACAUACUACAGUAACAGGCUACAGUAACAAACAACCAUAACAGACUGCAGUAACAAACUACACUAACAGGCCACAAUAACAGGCAGCAGUAACAGGCUACAGUAACAGACUGCGGUAACAAGCUACAGUAACAAACAACCAUAACAGACUGCAGUAACAUACUACAGUAACAGGUUACACUGACAGGAUACAAUAACAGGCAGCAGUAACCUGUUACUGUAACAGACUACAGUAAAGGACUACAGUAACAGACUACAGUAACAGGGUUGCAGGUUGCAGCUGUGCCUGAGCCGUAUUCCACUAUACAAGGAUACUACAGGUCUGAUAUUAAAGGAAGCACCAAUGAACGCCAACACUGCCCCUGGGUGCAAAUGGAUUUAACCAAUACAUUUGAACAAGACCCGCCCCAUUUUGGAUUAAUGGUUUCUGAAUGGUCCAACAAGAAGAUCUACGUAUGGGAAAUGGCUGCAACAGCUCGGGUUUCCAUACAUAACUGAAAGAGACCAUUUUGCCAAACAUUUUUUGCAUUGUGGAUUUACUGGAAGCUGAGGAGCUGUGGAGUUCUAGACAAUCUGGGAUGGGUCAGAUUUCUGAAAAGAAUUAUGUUUUUAAUAUUAUGAAAGAAUGUGGCUUUUAGUUUUUGCAACAACCUCGUUGAAGUAAAAGUGGUGGGACAGAGACUGGAUCGAUUCCCUUAAUGAACUAUGAAGCUUAAAAGCAGCACGACAGACGGACUUUAAUGCUUCACGCAGUGGCUGAAAUAUAACUCCCCUGAGUUUUGUCUCAGGCUCCAAACAGCGCUCCAACUGCAGUAACAUGGAGCGACAGGAAACUCCGUCCAGGAUUCAGACUGUUUACGGAACAUUUAACAGACAAUCGCAGCAAAGAUGGUGUCAUAGCUUCACAUGCUUGUUCUGUUUCAAGUCUAUGUAUUUUUACAAUGUUACGGUCUAAAAUAUGCGUACAGAUUGUAUGUUUUUUAAAUAUCUUUUGAUACAAUGCAGAAAGGUACGGCGCUUUUGUUUGAAACUUUUUACAUUGGAAUAACCGUCCUGGUAUCAAUUUGUGCACCUAUGUCACAGACUGCCACAGCCUUUAACUCAUGUAAGUAUGUACAAAACGAAAAUGAAACAAUUUAAUUUAUUUUGCUUCUCUGUAAAAAUGUAUGAGAACGUUUAAGAAUGUGGCUCUUGAAUAUUCACUAAUAUAAGGAAAUGCAUUGUUUUAACUUGAGUGGAGCAAUCACAUCAAGUGUGCUUUGGAAAGAGUUUAUUAAUAACUGAAUACCACAAAGGGUUUUAUAUGGAGGCGUCAAAUGUCAAUCAGGAGUUCUGUUUUGUCUGUUGUCUAGUGUGGCAAAAAAUCAUGUUUGAGUAUCUAUGGAAGCCCUAUGGAGACAAUAUUGCAGAUACCAUACUUAUUCAUAGCUGUAUAAAAAUAAAUGCUUGUGGAAUUCAACAAACAGUAGGACUUAUGUUCUAAACAGUACAAAUAAUAUUAAGUUUGUGAUUAUUUUGUGACCUCUAGUGGUGAAUAAGGGAAAUUACAGUGUUUUAAUCUGGAUUAAAGGAACUGUAUGUUGCCUGCUUUUAGUGUAAUUAAAAAUAAAUGAAUCAUGUUUAUGAAAUUUAAAAUCAAAAUCUUGCAUACAGUGCCUUUAAGUUACUCCAUGGGUAUUUUUAAUGUGAUGUAAUAUAUAAAAAUAGGAUGCAUUAAAAAAAUGUUCUUUAAUUUGACCUAGAUUUACAUUUUUUUGGCACAUUAACUGAAUUAUCUGAAUAUUGACCCUUUAGGGCUGCCAUAUUCAACAAUUUUUUUUAACUCCACUUAUGACAAAUACAAAAUUAUUUUUUGUCAAAAAUCCAGAAACUGUAUCUCCACAUCAUGUCCAACAUGAUGUCACAGCAGGAAGAGGAAGUGGAUGCUCUUUUAAAGAACCUUUGGAGAGGUCUAAGGUCACAAGGGCCUUUUAGAAGUGGGACGUUUUAGUGGAUUUUAUUUUGAAAGACAAAAGCACUUUUCUCAUAGUUUUCUCUUUAUCUUAUCAGCAGAUGUUGCCCGUUUUAUAAAAUGUCUUA